AUGAUCCCUCGUUUGUUAGGUUAUCUCUUGAUUUUCGGCUUUGGCGGAGCGACAUGGUGGUUUUUCCUCAUGUCCAAGUUGGAGAGAAUUCAAGAUUUGCACCAUCAGCUGUACAUGGGCCUUCGCGAUUAUUCGAAUCACUGGCCGCUCGAAAAGGUCAAAUUCAUGGAAGAAGAGUGCUUUGACAAGUAUAGAAAUGAACUAGUCACUCAGCGUUCUAAGCAGGCAUUUUUCCGAAAACAGGAAGAGAAACAUAUGCAAGGCUUCGCGUCUAUUCCGGGAGUUAUGGAAACAUCGAUGAAGAUCAUGGAACACACCAAGAAAAUGCAGGGAAAAGUAAAGACGAUACAGAGUGAAAAUAAGGUUGAAGUUUCCGAAAAUGACCUUGAAACAUUCAUCUCUGGCAUGGAAAAUAUCGAAGAAUCCGUCGCAACCAUCAAGAAGCUAUUUGACAACAUGAGCCAGGACUACAAACGGAACGAGGAUAUUUUCGAAGAUCUCAAGAUCUGGUACGGUUAUCACGGCUGCGCGGAUGGCAAGGAACACUGCGACGACUACGAGCGCAUCGAAAUGAUCUCCGUGAAGGAGGGAAUGCUCGGCAUGCUCGAUUCAGUCGUGAGCGAUCUUUUUGUAAAAGGCGACUGCUCAGUAAAAGGAAACAUCGGAACCGCUGACGUCGAGCCGUGGAUCGCCGCUGUGGAUAAUAAACUCAAUAAAGUGGAAACUGAGAUGAACGUUUACGGAAUCUCGCGAAAUAUGGAUGAUAUGUUUGUACUACAAAAGGAUGUUGGGGAUUUGUGGGAGAACGUGAAAGAGCUAACCGAUGCUGCAGCGCAUUUUAAGAAUGAUACGCAGUUGUAUCACGAUCAGAAUUUCGAUUUGGCUGAGGAUGUUUAUGGCUUACAAUAUGAAUGGUACAAAACUAACAGUUCUAUGUGGUCGAUUCCCGCGGCUUUGGCAAAUAUCGAGGUUCACUUUCAGUUCGAAAUCUUCGACCAAGAACGAUGGCAAGAAGGCAUCUGGAUGGUCGGCAAUUACACAGAAAAAGCACGCGAUAACUUUCAAUUGUACAAGGAAAGCGACAAAAGUCUCAAAUCAAAGAUGGCGAAAAACAACUUGAUCGCAUUUAUCAAAAAGUUCGACAAGUACACCUCGACCGUGGACGAGUUCGAGAGGAAGAUUCUUGGAGCGGAAGAGGACUUUAAAAGCCGAGGAAAGACGCUGAAAGAAAAUUGGUUCCUACAUACGGGAGAGAUGGGCUGGUCGAUCAAAAAUAUCCAAACUACUGGCAUGGAUCUCGGCUGGUUACAAUAA